AUGCUCGUCCGACGAUGUCUGGCCUCGUCGCUGCGCGGUAGUGCGAGACACGUCCGCUACAAUUCGUCAUAUUCACUCGAUCGCUUCUCAGAGCUCGCCCGUCGCCCUUCGUCCAAUCACCAAAUUUAUCAGUCGCUUUCGACCGACCCUUACGUCAACCUCUCGAUUGAGCAUUUCCUACUAGAAAAUGCCCCGGCAGACUCGAGCAUCCUCUUCCUUUAUAUCAACCGUCCAUGCGUGGUGAUUGGUCGCAAUCAGAAUCCUUGGCUGGAGACAGAUUUGCGAGCACUCUACAAUGACCGCCGUCCUGGUGCGGGUCAGGACGAUGCUGCUGUCUAUGUUCGGCGGAGGUCGGGCGGCGGAGCUGUAUUUCACGACGAGGGCAAUCUCAAUUACAGUGUGAUCUCUCCGCGGACCACUUUUACACGCGAUAAACAUGCGGAGAUGGUGGUCCGGGCGUUGCACCGUAUUGGCGCAGUGAAUACAAGUGUCAAUGUCCGACAUGACAUUGUCAUGACACCCCCGGAGACACCCACAGAUAGCAAUGAGCCACCUUUCCGAAAGGUAUCUGGGUCGGCCUUCAAGCUGACCCGGCACCGAGCUCUGCACCAUGGCACCUGCUUGCUGGAUUCGCCCAAUAUUCAUGACUUGGGCCGGUUCUUACGCUCUCCUGCACGAGGGUAUAUCCAGGCUAAAGGUGUCGAUAGUGUCCGGUCGCCUGUGGGAAAUGUAUCGAGUGCGCUGGCGGACUCGUUCUUUUCUAUGCAGACGGUGAUAGAUAAUGUGGUGGCGGAGUUUGCGCAAAUGUAUGGUGUUCACGCUGACGUUGUCCGUCGGGCACGACGUGCGCUUGCCGGGGAGCCUGAGAUUUUUGCCGGCGAUAGCUGGGUCAUGGGAACGGUAGGCGAUGCCCAAGGAGAGCAAGAACCGGAGAUUGGCAAGGGAAUUGCGGAGUUGCGGUCACUGGAGUGGAAGUAUACUCAAACACCGCAAUUCACCUUUUCCACAUACCCUACCGAGGAAGAUCCUCGCGAGCGUGCACCGUUGCCAGCGACUCUUCCUUCUUCGACACGCGUGUUCCUCCGUCUAAAACAUGGUGCUAUCAUAGAAAGCAACCUCUCCAUUUCUUCCGACGCGUCAGUUGCAUCUGACCAGGCCAGUCGCAUGCAUGAGGUCUUGAGCGGCCAGAAACUCCAUGAGAUCACCGUUGAGCGCUGGACAGAGAUGCUCCGUCAAGGCUUGAGAGGGACUGAUGGUGUAGAUGAUGCGCAUGUACAGGAGCUGGCAGAUUACCUGGGUGAUUUGCUAGGAGGGCAAUGA